CAAGAUGCGUUUGGGAAUGUGUCCUCCACCUUCGCCGUCCAUUUUGCUGUUUUUGGCAAUUCUCGGAAAUAUCACUUUAGCGGUGAAAGGGAUCUCUCUGCUUCAAACUGGCAAGCUCAACAUGUCGCAAACUUUUCAAGAUUGGAGUUGUAGCAGUGGAUGUUCACCCCCUCUAAACUGUCGACUGGCUAUUUGUACCAACGUUGCCUUUCCUCAAGCAUUUAGUGGAUCUGGAAAGGUUCAAGUGCACGUGUCAAUGAGCCACGGUGAAGAGUUUUCACGUGUUCACUCGCCUUCUGCUGUGUGGGUUCAGUCCAUUAGUACACGUGGAUUUGAGGUCUGUUCUCGUCAAACAGGAUCUGGAUCAAAUAAAACUGGAAUUAUCAACUGGCUGGCCUAUCAAAACCAUCCAAAAAUGAUGCAUGGCAGUGUGACUUUUCAAGGAAUAUGGACAACAGAAAGCAAAUGUGACAAAGUUACAUUCUCACAGAGCUUUGGUGGAAGACCUUCUGUGUUUGUCUCAGCUAAGUACGCUCGUAGUACAAAGCCUUAUGACGCAAUGUAUGUUUGGUUGGAAAACGUGAAUUCUGGAAGUUUCGAAGUUUGCAUCCGGGAAUUCUUGCCAUUUGACGGAAAACAUCAAGACACAAUUGUGGAUUGGUUUGCUUUCUUUGGGAAUGGUUCUGAGUUUAAUUUUACGUUGGUAGGAGAAGCGUUUUUCCCCAACACAGGAAACCCAACCGCUGACGAUAACUAUGGUUUCUGUCAACAAGUGCAGUUCAACACCACCUUUUAUGCGUCACCAGCUGUACUUGUGUCUGUUCAUCAUGAUUACGAUCGUAAAGUGAAAAAACACAUUCCACCAGAAUACAACAUAAUAACGGCCUGGGUCGAGGAAGUUGGUCUGACAGCCAUGAGAAUUUGUGUCAAAGACUUGAGUGGAUCAGGAAGUAAACACGACCCUCUGUCUGUCAGCUAUGUUGUAGUUGGAGACCUGAACCCAUGCCUUGAUGUGCAUUGUCCAUCAUUUGGAGUGUGUAAGACUUUCAGCGCUCACGAAGCUCGCUGUGUGUGUUACGAAGACUGCCCUUCCUAUCAUGACCCAGUGUGCACCGCGAAUGGAACAACAUACGACAACAAAUGCUGGCAUGAGCUGUACUACUGUAGAGGACUGGAGAAUAAUCUUGUGUAUCACCCAGGGAGCUGUGAGGGUUUCCCAAUUGUGCAUGGUCGAGUAGAACUUCUUCGUGUUCCAAAGUGGUCCGAUUCAAGCUGUCAGACGGUCGCUUUCCCGCCAUACCGCUUUUAUCCAGAUAAACAGGUCCAUGUGCAGAUAACCGUCAAUCACAUGAAUCUGAACGAUUCUAAAACUGUGCACGACGCCAUAACUUCCUGGACUGAAAACAUCAAUACAAGGAAUUUUACAGUUUGCGCAAUGCAAUCUGGGAGAAAGAGUAAGAACUUUAAUCCAUUCGCGACUGUUGAUUGGAUGGCAUAUCAGGGAGCACCGCCCGAAGGAAUGACGGGAGAAAUCAAGAUGCAGAAAUGGUGGUCUGGAACAAAUUGUGAAGAUGUAACUUUUCCCAAGAACAAGUUUAAGGACGAGCCUGUAGUACUCAUAACAACAGAACAUCUAAGGACUGGUAAGGAGUAUGAUGCCGCGCUGAUCUGGACAGAGGAUGUAACCAAGGAUUCAUUUAAAGUCUGCCUCAGAGAAUUGCAAAACUUUGAUGGAAAACAUGAAGAUAUUAGUGUGAACUGGUUGGCGUUUUCUAAACUUCACAAACCGCUCUUCACUGAGCAUGGCUCAGUCAAGUUUCCAAAUACAAACCCACCAACAGAUGAGAACAACAACGCUUACUGCGAGUUUGUGCAGUUUGCACGAGGUUAUAACGUUACACCAUCAGUCCUGAUAUCAGCCAAUCACAGCACAACAGCAAGUGGAAACUUGGCACCAGUUCAUAACGGGAUCACAGCAUGGAUUGAGGUAAAACACAAUGCAUUGCUACUUUCAACCGAUUAA